AUGGGACACAUCGAGAAGCACAACGCAGCGGGGCACAACUACCAGUUGGGAGUCACUGCCUUCGCAGACCUGAAGCCUGAUGAGUUUGCCUUCGACCAUGUGGGGUGCAUGAUCAAGUCUGAGAAGCCUUGGUCGGGCUUGCCCUACUUGGGACGCGAGGAGUACAAUUCGAACACCACCGCCUUGCCCAAGUCCUUGGAUUGGACGAAGAAAGGUGCCGUGACCGACCCGAAGAAUCAGGGCAAAUGUGGAUCGUGUUGGAGCUUUUCCACGAGCGGUGCAUUGGAGGGCGCAUGGAAGAUCGCGACCGGCAAAUUGAUCUCCUUGAGUGAGCAGCAGCUCGUGGAUUGCGCUAAGAAUGGAAAUAUGGGCUGCCAGGGCGGUUCCAUGGACUUGGCCUUUUCCUACCUCGAGAAGCACAACGUUUGCACAGAGGACAGCUAUCCCUACUUGGCCAAGCAAGGCACCUGCCACCAGACGAAAUGCACCGUCGGAGUGCCCAAGGGCUCCAUCGUGGGUUUCAAGGACGUCUCUUCCAAGGACAUGAAUGCUUUGAUGCAGGCCGUGUCCAAGCAGCCCGUCUCCGUGGCCAUUGAGGCGGAUCAGAUGGCCUUCCAGCUCUACAAGGGUGGCAUUCUCUCGAAGAAAUGCGGCAACAAGCUGGAUCAUGGGGUGCUCUUGGUUGGCUACGGCACUGAGAACGGGGUGGACUACUGGAAGGUGGUGCGUUUGCUGCUCGACAACGGAGCAGAUCUCCAUGCCCGAGAGAAGUUUGUGGGUGGCACUCCGCUCCACCAUGCGGCACUGCACGGGCGGACCAAUGUGGUGAACGUGCUCUUGGAGCGUUCGCCGGAUUUGGAAGCGCUGAAUCGCAAGCGCCAGACGCCGCUCCACGUCGCAUCCCUGUACGGCCACUUGGAUACCGCCAAAAUUCUCUUGGAGAAGGGGGGCCAACGCUGA